CUAACCUCCAAGAUUUACCGCAAACAACUCGUGGACACCUAAAAUAACUCAGUUUUUAUCGUUUUUAUUCGCGAAAAAUGUGUUGCUAGAAAGAAACCUUAAAGGUGACUUAGAUUUGUGAAACUGAAAGUGUUUUCGAGUGAUUUUUUACUGUUUUCUGUAAAAAAAUUUAUUAAUUUCGGAGCGAGAGUUCUUUUCGGUGUUUGUGCAUUUUUGAAUUUCUUAGUUUGGGGGCAAAUGUCAAAACUUUAAGUAUGUUAAAAAUAGUUAGGGAACAGAUUUCAAGUUUCUCGAAAUCGGGAAUAUUUUUUAGAGCAUUUACAGUGGCGGUACCCAAGAAAAGAGGAAGGAAGAAAAAAAAGGUGCCGAAAACACCGUUAACACAUCAAGUGACAAUAAAGAAACAUCUGGUUGAGGUGGGCGCAAGCUCCUUAGUCAAAGAGCUUCCACCAAAACUGAUGAAAAUUAGGCGAACAGCGGAAAGCUUGUACUUUUCAGAUGAAAAAGUAGCCAAAAAAUUUUCUUCUUUAAUUUCAAAAGACAUCGUCCAAGGAUCUUCAUCUUUCGUAGCAGAAAUAAAUCCUGGUUUGGGUUUAUUAACAGAAGGGCUUCUGCAGACUAAAAUUCCAAAAAUCCAUCUCUACGAACCUACCCCUUCGUUUAUUUUACCGAAUUCUCGCUUACAAUCACUUGUAUAUAAAAAUCCACUUCGGUUAGAGUUGCGAAAAGCUAAUUUGUUGAAAAUGUGGGAUGCAGCCUUCAUGGAUUUGAAAGAUGGUGGAAACAGAUUUCAGGAAAUGAUGAAAGGAAUAGAAAAAAGAAAAUGGAACGACGACCCUUAUAUGAAAAUCGUCGGGGCGAUUGCAAAUAAUAAAUUGAUAAAGCACUUAACGAUGAGUGUCAUUUUUCAAAAUAGUUUUGUAGAAUGUGGGAGAGUCAUUCUUUUUUUGGCUAUGCCGCCUUCGGACUGGCUGAAAUUAACAGCGGACGAAAAUUCGAGCUAUUACAAACCAAGGUCUGUUUUAUUCCAAGCGUUGUUUGAUUUUGAAAAACUUGGGGAAUUGCCCAGAAAAGCUUUUUUACCAUGGAGAACUCCACUAGUUGAUAAUGGAAUGCAGAAAGUUUUACAAAAAUUAAAAAAGUUAGAUGAGGAAUCGUUGUACGUAGUAAGGAUAGAACCAAAGGCGAAUCUUUUUGAUAAAAAAUUGAAGCAGCAAGGUUUGCUUGGGUUUUACUUCUUCGUCAGACACCAUUUGCAAAUCAAGCAUACGAGAAUUAUACCGUCCUUGGAGAAAUGGAUACCGAAUUGUGGUCCAAGACUGAUCGCUAAAGAUUUUAAUAUCUACAGUGAAUUCCAGGAGUUGAGCCCAAAUAAACUUUUGGAACUCUAUAUCGAGUUUAGUUCCUGGCCAGAAUACGAAACUAGUCAAUUUGUAGACUUUACCGCGACCUUUAUCAAUAGAAUCGAAGAAGCUGUCGCGACUUUUGAUGGCAAAUAUAUUAAGUAAAAAAACUGACGAAGGAAUAAUUUUUUUCUCGUGCGGGCAAGAGAGAAAUUGAGUCUCGGGAAUAAGAAGUUGCCAACGUCCGCACUGAACUUGUAAAUACAAACCGCCAGCUCUCGUUAAAAAUUAACAGUAUAAAAAUAAAAUAAAAUUUUUUAUCCUUAUUUAUAAGGAAAAAGGAAAGCCACUA